AUGUUUGCGGUGUUCAGCGAAAUGCUUCCAGUCCCGACAGCAGUGGCCUGUGGCAUAGUUGUCCUGUCUGUCCACGCCGCCUUGGCGGAAUGGGAUUUGGAGGGCUUGUCGACGACCUGGUUGAGCUGGAUUGAAAAGGGGGCGCAGAAGCUGAAGAAGUUGGAACUAUACGAGCAUUGCAUGGAAGAUGCCCUGCAGAAGAUGAUGAUGGAAAACUACAAGCGCAUUAUACGAUACCUCGCACACUUCUUGGUCGUCGUACUACUGUAUCUUAUUUACCUCAUGCUGCAGCAGCCGAACUUUGUCUUUGCAGUCCAGUUUGUGGCUGUCUUUGUGCAUCAUCUCGGCUGCUGGUGGGUGGCGAGAUCGCACCUCACCUUCGCAACACUUCGACUGCUGAUGGUACUGUCGCACGCCGGUCACACCUUCCUCGUCAUCAUCACACACUCCUCAGAGGAAGCAGACUACAACUUUCUCUCGGUUUUCUCGGCGGCCUUGCGUGUAUCCGGGGCUGCUCUCAUUCACGACCCGCCUGUUUUCAUCCCAUGUCAGGCCUGGGUCUUUGUGGUGGAAGUUGCAUGCUACUUCGGACUGGAUGGCACACACCGCGGUCCUCCGUGGCACUUCCUCUGCAGUCAGGCUGUCAUCCUGGCCCUGGUAUGCGGAGUCGCAGUUAUGGUCCAGAGCUGGUCCCGAGCUUGUAUCAAAGCUUCCUUCCAGUCGGCCGACGCGAAUCUCUCUUUGGAAGGCUUCCAGCGGGUCUUGCGAGGCGUUUGCGAUGCAGACGUGCUUCUCGAUGAUAGUUUCCAUAUCGUCGGGGACAAUACUCGCUUGAGACGUGUCCUAGCGACGCCCACCGAUCUUCAAGGCGUGAAGUUUACCGACCUGCUCGACGAGGAGGGAAAAACGCGGUUCAAAAAAUUCGUCCGCGAGUCUUGCAGCACAAACCAAAGCCCCGAAGAGAGGGAGGAACAGGAUAAAGGUUGCAGCAUUCCGCCGUGCCUGCGCGUCUCACUGCCAAGUGCGUAUUCGCGGGUUGGUGUGGACAUUUUCCACGUUCUUGUGCCCCGUUUUCUGGAUGCUGCAGGACCUCUUCACCUUCUGGCAUUUACGGAGGAUCCAGAUACGAGACUGCAGCCGGAAGCAACUCUUGGAGCGAUUCCAGAAGCGCUCUGCAUGUACUCCGAAGACGACAACGAUCGCCUGUCCACGGCUGCAGAGUCGGAGGGUGGCUGCUCAAAACAAAGUCUGAGCAGUUCGAUGCUGUGCAGGGUAUAUCCCGUUCCCGAACUGCGUGAACUUACGAUGCUCGUGGAUGCCAGUACGGACCAGCAGGAUGUGCUGCAAGUACACGCCAAGUUCAAGCGCGACAAGAACCUGCCCAAUGAUAUUCACUCGUGCAUGCCAUGCUUGCAGACCAUGCUCAGACCGUCGGAUUGGCUCAGCAUCCGCAUGCCAGUGGCGAAGUUUGCGUACGAACAGUGCCAGACUGGGUCUCCAGAGACACAUGAGCUACCGUCCGUGAUGCUUCGCAGAUUGGAUGACCAGAGCAAGUUCCUGGCAGCCAAAACGGUCAACCUCGCCCCAUGUCGUGGUCAGGAGCCAAGUUUCGAAUGCAGCCAGGUACUGUACUGA